AUGGGGCUCCACAAGAGGAAGAAGGAGAUGUGUGUGGUCCUGGGUGAGGAUGGAGAUGAAGAUGUAGAUGAGUUGGAGUCCAGGAGAGAGGACUUACGCACCAGGAGGGAUGACAGAGACCUUCAGCACAUGAACACGCGGCUCCGGAUUGGUUUUGAAGACGUGAUCGGAGAGCCCGGUAGUGCUCACAGCUUCGAUGGGAUUUGGGUCGGAACCCACGCCACCUUCGAACUCACCAAAUAUGUGUUCUACAAGCUGCACACCAUACUCCUGGCGCUCCCCGUCUCCAUCGCUGGCGCACUCCUCUUCGCCCUCCUCAGCUGUAUGGCUGCCCUGCAGUGGAGUGACAUCCUGUCCGGAGUGUACUGGGUCCAGCACCCAGUGCUUCUGGGAUACACUUUGGACCCCUGCGACUCUCUGUUGGACAAGUGGGCUGUGGCGCCGGCGAUCCAGGGCUUCUCUGUGGUCCUGCCUUCAAUCCAGACAACGUGGACGAGCUGCAUGGACGUGCUCCUCAUGCCGCUCUCAUGCUGUUUGAGCCGCUGUGUUUCGGCCGUUGCCGGCAAACUGGGGCAGGACGAAAACCCGGAGCACAGUCCGCAGAGUGGGUUCCGCUCAUGA